AUGGCUGAAAUUGUUGUUAGCGCCGUCAUCACCGUACUGUGUGAGAAGCUGAUCUCUGGUGACCUGAUGAAGCUCGCUCGAACUGAAGGAAUCGAUUCUCAGCUGCACAAAUUGGAGAAAACAUUGCCCCUGAUGAAAGCUGUGCUUGCUGAUGCAAACCAGAAGCAUAUAACAGAGAGAGCUGUUCAAUUGUGGCUGAAUGAUCUCCAGGAUUUGGCUUACGACAUUGACGAUAUAGUAGAUGAUUUGGCCACAGAAGCUCUGCGACGCAGUUUGAAUCAAGAGGCUCUUGCCAUCAUCCCAAGUUGUUGUACUACGUUCACUCCUGGCAACAUUAUGUAUGGUCCGAAGAUGAGGUCUGAGCUAGAUGAGAUCACUGCAAAAUUGCGUGAUCUUGUUGACCGGAAAAAUGAUCUGGGUUUGAAUGUGAGUGUUGAAAGGUCAAAUAUAACAGAGAGACGUUUGGAGCAAACAUCACUAGUUGAUGAGUCUAAAAUCAUUGGUCGGGAAGGGGAUAAAGAAGCAUUGCUGAAGAAGUUGUUGGGAAAGGAAGAAUGUGAUGAAAAUGUGAGCAUAGUGUCGAUAGUUGGUAUGGGUGGAAUAGGCAAAACCACUCUUGCCAAACUUUUAUACAACGAAGAGAAAGUGAAGGAUCACUUUGAACUCAGGGCAUGGGUUUGUGCUUCUGAAGAGUUGGAUGUAUUUAACAUCAGCAAGGCUAUUUUUGAAGCUGUAGGUGGGGAUGCCAAAAGGUUGUCUAAUCUUGAUUUGCUUCAUGUGGCCCUCAAAGAAAAACUUUUAAAGAAGAGGUUCCUACUUGUUCUAGAUGAUGUCUGGAACGAAGAUUACAAUAAGUGGGAACUCCUCCAGAGCCCUCUCCUUGUCGGGGCACCUGGAAGCAGAGUUCUUGUCACAACCAGGAGCACCAAGGUUGCAUCGGUGAUGGACUCAGAAGAAGCUUUUGAUCUGGAGGUUUUGUCAAAUGACGAUGCUCUAUCAUUAUUUGCUAAACACGCGUUAGGUGAGAAAAACUUUGACAAACAUCCGACACUUAAGUUGCUGGGGGAAGGUAUAGUGAAGAAAUGUGGUAGACUGCCUUUGGCUUUGAAAACACUUGGGUGGGUCUUGAAGGGAAAUAGGAAUGCUGAUGAAUGGGAGAAGUUGUUGAACACUGAGAUAUGGAAUAUAAAUGAUGGAAGUGAGAUUCUUCCAGCUCUAAGACUAAGCUAUUAUCAUCUCCCUUCACAUUUGAAGUUAUUGUUUGCAUAUUGCUCCUUAUUUCCCAAGGACUAUGAGUUUCAGAAGAAUGAUUUAAUCCUACUGUGGAUGGCAGAAGGAUUUUUGUCCCAAUCAGAUGACAACAAUCAAUGGAGAGCUUGGGUAGUCAGUAUUUUGAAGAGCUCAAGUUACGGUCGUUUUUUCAACAAUCAACGCAUGAUCAAUUAG